AUGAGUGUUUGUAUGCAUGCAUGCAUGCAUUUUUCUUUCUCUUUCAUUGUUUGUGCUUGCAUGCGUGCCUCUGUAUGCACUUUGUUUCAAUGGUUCUGGUCGCGUUUCGUUUCUCUUCGCACAGCAACGAGGAAGGAAAGGGAAAAGGGAGAGGAAAUGGAUUUUGAUGAUGACGUUUUGCCGCUUAUGCGUGAGAUGGACGCGAAGCUUAUUCGUAUGCAGUCUGAGCUGCUGCCGUUGCUGGCUUCUCUCAACGAGGACGUGCUGGUGACAAAAUACAGCGUGGACGAACAGGCCCGCGUCUCCCUUGCCACUGCCUUUAUUCUGGUGUUGCUCACGUACGCCCACGACAGAAUGCAGCAUGUGGGGGGAAAGAAAGGCAUGGAUGCGCGGGUCCAGCUCAAGUUGGAGCGCGUCUCCGGAUAUAUCAAAAAGCUGCGAGAGAUCACACAGCUGGACAACCAGCUACAGGGGCAGAAAGCGGUGACGGCAGCGGCAACGGGGGGCGGUAAGGGCGCACGGAAACGCAGACGUGAAGAGGCAGAUGGCGGUGACGUGCAGCGGCGCGAGUUAACGGACGCCAACGCCGCAGAUGAUCCGUACGGUGACGCCAUUCUCUUUACGGAGAUUGGGAGGGGCGCAGGAAGGCCGUUGUCGUCGUUGGUGCAGAGCCUCUUGAAGCAUGUGACGGAUUCGAGUGCAUCGUGA